AGUCCAUUUCAACCAGAUGCCUCGCCCAAGCUGAAACCAAAGCGAAAGAAGUCAAAGCAGAGGUGGAUUGUUGAUGCAGACAGUUGUUACACAACACACCGGUCUAUAGACAACGUAUUUGCUUCUAAUGCGCAUGUCAGCCCCAGGCCUCCAUCGGACUUCGAAUGUGCGACCUCUCGCCCCUUUACUACGGAUGGAAAUGGUGCCGAGACAAGAGAUGGGGUACGGUAUUUAACAAUACAUGAAGCGAAACCUGGAGAAAACGAGGUUGAAAAUUACGAAUAUUCGCAGGACCCAUCGCAUGUUUCAAGUGGGAGUCCAAAAUCAACAGGGUACGACUUCAGCAAAUACGCUACCGACGUGGACAUUUCCUUGUGGCCAUCACGAGUGAGUUCCAGGGGUUCCUUCGCCGGUUCGUGGUCGAGCGCCGAUGGAGAUGAUGUUGGAUGGCUAUCGAGUUCUGAAGGAUCGUGCGAUGAACAAGUCAAAAUUGAGGUGCACGUGCAGAGUGAUAGUUACCAUGACGACCGAUCUAACGGAGCCUCGGUGUGGUGUGUUGAUUGUAAAGAUGAUUUGAUGAUAAUCGGCUGUAGUGAUGGAACAAUCGAGAUAUGGAGUUUGCUAUCUGGAACGCAGAUUUGUGUUUCACGCGAGGGUAACAUUGGCGUGACAAAACUCAGCUUUUUACUCGGAAGUCCACAGAUUGUUGCGGCCCGUUUGGAUGGCACUUUAGAGUUAUUGACUCUCGGAACUCCCUGCAGAGCCGACUUAAACGUGCCCCUUUUGGAGAGCUCCCCAAUAAAGCGUUCCUCUCCAAGGACUACCCGAAAAUUAAAUACCAAAUCAGGCGACGUUCCGGUGGUAGCACAAAGUAGAGAUCCUACGUCAAUUGGCGUCAAUGGCUUACACGCGUAUCCUUCACCGGAGUCUCCGCUGUGCAGGAUUAGUCACAAACUUAGGGCUCACCAUCAGCCUAUUUGUGUGUUGGGUGUCAUGGCAGGUCGGGUCAUAACUGGAAGUCACGACAGAACACUCAAGGUGUUUCGCACUGACGAAUGUGUUUGUGUUUACACAUUACACGGCCAUGCAGACAGCAUCAGUACUCUCGCUGUUGAUACGGUAAGGAAAUUGUCAUUUCUGUGCUGCACUCCUCUCCACCCAGGAGUAAAGUUGCAUCCCAUUGAACUGCCAUGACCGCUGGUGUGGGUGGG